AGCUCGGGCUCAGCUCCGCCCCACGGCAGUGACGUCACUACGAUCCCAGCGCCGUGCUGGGAUGACGUCAUGAGCGUCCUGUUACCCAACAUGGCGGACUUUGAUACCAUAUACGAGUUGGAUGAGGAAGAGGAGGAGGAGGACGAGGAGCAGGAGACAGGUGCAGGUCGGGUCGUAGCUGAGGAGCAUUUACUCCGAUACGCUCCGGAUCCCGUGGUGGUGCGGGGUGCCGGACACAUUACCGUGUUUGGUCUAAGCAACAAAUUUGAUGCAGAAUUCCCUUCUGUCCUUACAGGAAAGGUAGCACCAGAAGAAUAUAAAAUUAGUAUUGGGCGUGUGAAUGCAUGCUUAAGGAAGAAUCUCCCCCUCAAUGUGAAAUGGUUGCUAUGUGGCUGUAUCUGCUGCUGUUGUACAUUGGGCUUCAGUUUGUGGCCUGUUAUAUGCAUGAACAAAAGGACCAGAAGAUCCAUUCACAAGCUUUUGGACUGGGAGAAUAACAGAAUGUAUCACAAGCUUGGCUUGCACUGGAAAUUAAGCAGAAGGAAAUGUGAAUCAAACAAUUUGAUGGAAUACGUCAUACUAAUAGAAUUCUUACCAAAGUAUCCGAUCUUUCGGCCGGACUGAAAAGAAAACGCCCCCACUUCAUUUCAUGUUGUUUUGUUACCUGUCAUUCCUACCCUUCGUGCCUUUUUUAGAUGGUUUUGGAAAGAAAAGGUAUACUACUACUGUGUUUGAAAAAAUACAAAAGUCUUUCUUUUGCAUAGCAGUAUGGUAUCCUAAUAGUUCCAGUAUUUUUUAUUAUGUAGGAAAAGGAAAAAAAAAAAAAAGAUUUGCACACUUAUUUUUUUAUGUUAAGGGAAGCUUUCUGUGUUGCACUUCAUUUUAGCCUGUGCAGUGCAAAAGUGUCAAGCAGCUGGCAUACCACUCACAGCACCUCACACCUGGAAUUAGUGUUAUAUACACAUACAUGUAUAUAGUUGCAGUUAGGCAUGUACAUCAGUGCUGCUUUGACUAGCUUGUUGCCUUACUGUCCCUACAUCUAUUUUCCACUAGUAUAAUGUAUGGUUCAAUCCAUUUACUUUAUACCCUACAUAAAAACCACACACGGUUAUACACGUAUCUUCUAAAGCAGGGCGAGCAAGCCCAUGUACAGGCUUGGUAUGCUGCUGGGACUCAUAGUUCAGCACAUCUGGCGAGUCACAAAUUGCCCUAGUCUGUUAUAAAGGAUAAGGUUUAUGUAUAGCUGCACAGAUCUAUCUAUAGAAACUAGACAUUCUGUCAUCAGUUAGAAAGAUAUGUGAUGUGUCAAGAUCUCAAAAUGAUAUAUAUAUUGUAAGCUGAAAUGGAUUAUUUAACCAAAAAAAAUGUAAAUAUUGCCUUUUUCAGACCUGCAAGUGUUAUACUUCUGUUUACAGAAUGUAAUAUAGCUGUUACAAUGUU